UACUGACGUAGUGUUGUCGCAGACUGUAAGGAGUUUGAAUCCCUUGUUUAGGAUUCCUAACUAAAGAAAAGCUGAGAUGAGAGAUUUGAAAUCUCCUUCUUAUGAAGAUCGAGCUGGCUAUGCUUUGGAGCUUAUUUUCUAGAUGUUGCUGGCGUUGGGGAGGAAUUUGCUUGGGAUGAGGUGAAAGUGGGGUGGAAGAGGAAAUCCCAUUCAAAAACAGAUCACAAAGCACUCUGACACACUGAGCUGAGAGUUUUCUCUAUUCCUCGGGGAGAACUAGUUUCACAGUCUUCUUCUGAUGGAACACAGGAGGAUAAACAUUCGCAGGAGUCCCAAAAACUGCUGAAACACUUUCAGAAGGUUUGCUUUAAUUAUGGAAUCACUGAGGGAAUCUAUACUUCAUUUAACAUUUCAGAUGUCAACAUACAAACGGGCCACACUGGAUGAAGAGGAGCUGUUGGACACCGGCUCCGAUGGGAUCUACCACACCUCUACCAUGCAGGUAGGGCUGCAGCGAGGUCUGGGUCUCCGGUGCUGGGCAGAGAAAACCCAUGUCGAGAGAAAGCUAGUGGUCGUCGUGUGUGCUCUGUCCGUGGCCCUGUUCAUAUGCAUCAUGACUUUGGGUCUGCACUAUAAAGAAUCUCAUCCGGGAAUGUGCCUGUCAGAGCCUUGUGUUAGUGUUGCAAGUACAGUCUUGGGGGCUCUCGAUCGGUCAGUGGACCCCUGCCAGGAUUUCUAUAACUUUGCAUGCGGGGGUUGGAUGAGGAAAAACCCGCUGCCUGAAGGCAAGUCCCGCUGGGGUCCUUUCAGCAACUUGUGGGAACACAACAUGGCCAUCAUGAAGAACUUAUUAGAGAAUACCAGCAUGAAAAGCCUGAGCAAAGCGGAACAAAAAGCCCAGUGGUAUUACCAGGCUUGUAUGAACGAGAGCAAAAUUGAAGAGCUUGGGGCAAAACCACUUCAGGAACUCCUCAAUCAGACAGGAGGUUGGGGCUUGAAAGGCCCGUGGGAUAAAGAUAACUUCCAGGAGGUUUUACGGAUUGUGUCGGCCAGCUUCCGAACCUCCCCCUUUUUCACUGUUUUCGUCAGCACAGACUCAAAAAACUCCAACAGCAACAUUAUCCAGGUGGAUCAGUCAGGAUUGGGACUUCCCUCUAGGGAAUACUAUCUCAAUAAGACAGCCAAUGAAAAGUAUUUAACAGCAUACUUGAACUUCUUGGUGGAGCUCGGGAUCCUUUUGGGCGGCUCAGAGGAAACCUCUCAGAAGAUGAUGCAGGAGAUCAUAGACUUUGAAACAGCCCUGGCACACAUCACAGUCCCUCAGGAUGAGCGCCGUGACGAGAUGAAAAUAUAUCAUAAGAUUCAAGCCAAAGAGUUAGCUACAUUGGCUCCUGCGGUAGAUUGGAUGCCUUUCCUCUCUGCAGUGUUCACUCCUGUUGCCCUAAAUGACUCUGAACCCGUGGUUGUAUACGCUAAAGAAUAUCUCCAGAAGGUUUCAGAGCUCAUCAGCAACACCAACAAGAGUGUCUUGAAUAACUACAUGAUCAUGAAAGUGGUGCGGAAAAUGGUGUCCAUCUUAGACCAGAAGUUCCAAGAUGCAGAGCAGCGCUUCCUUGAAGUCAUGUACGGCACCAAGAAGAGCUGCACACCACGCUGGAAACUUUGUGUCAGCGACACGGACAGCGCUCUGGGCUUUGCUCUCGGGGCGCUCUUUGUCAAAGCUACAUUUUCUGAAGACAGCAAAGCUUUUGUUGAAGAUAUGGUGUCUGAGAUCAAGUGGGCCUUUGAAGACAGCCUGAAGACUGUCGGCUGGAUGGAUCCCAAGACAAAAAAAGCAGCUAAAGAAAAGGCAGAUGCAAUAUACAACAUGGUUGGUUAUCCAAAAUUUAUCAUGAAACCCAAAGAGCUGGACAAGGUGUUUAAUGACUUUGAUGUUGUUUCAGAUCUUUACUUUCAAAACGUCAUGAACUAUUACAACUUCUCUGCACGAGUCACUGCUUCCCAGCUGAGAAAAGCCCCCAACAGAGAUCAAUGGAGUAUGACUCCACCCACAGUUAAUGCCUACUACAACCCCACAAAGAAUGAGAUGGUACUUCCAGCAGGCAUUCUCCAGGCUCCCUUUUAUAACCAUGCUUGGCCAAAAGCAAUGAAUUUCGGUGGUAUAGGUGUGGUUAUGGGGCAUGAGCUCACCCAUGCCUUUGAUGAUCAAGGAAGAGAGUAUGAUAAGGAUGGGAAUUUGCGUCUGUGGUGGCAGAAUUCUUCAGUGGAGGCUUUUAAACACCAGACCCUGUGUAUGGUGGAGCAGUACAGCAACUACAGUAUAAAUAAAGAAGCUCUGAACGGGAAACGCACUUUGGGUGAAAAUAUUGCUGACAACGGAGGCCUGAGGGCAGCUUAUAAGGCCUAUAUAAACUGGAUCGAGAAGAAUGGUGAGGAAGCCACUCUGCCUGCCCUUGGAAUGACCAAUCAUCAGCUGUUUUUUGUGGGAUUUGCUCAGGUGUGGUGCUCCGUUCGGACACCUGAAAGCUCUCACGAGGGCGUUAUUACUGACCCCCACAGUCCGUCACGUUUCCGGGUCAUUGGCACAAUCUCCAAUUCCCAUGAGUUCUCUGCGCACUUUGGCUGCAAGGCAGACUCACCCAUGAACCCCAAACGAAAGUGUGAGCUGUGGUGACAGUGACACUUACAUGGGGGAAUGAACCUGGAGCUGUUAAUGCUCAAACAUCCCAAACAUCCAUCUCAGGUCACCUAAUCUAGACUGCCAAAAAGCUGGUGGAUUUAUAGUAUACUACAUAUUUUCCAGCUAUUACUUGCCUCUUAAUGAGGAACUGGUGUAAAUAGUAAAUCCAUGGAAGUUUAUAUAAUGGAGUUUUAUUCUUACAUUCAAAACACUGGAAGUUAGUGGUUAAAUGUAAUGAGAGAAGGACUUGUCCUUUCGGUAAAUACAUUUUCUUUGAAUAUUUUGAACAUUUCCUUUUUAGCAAAUGCAUUUAUUUUUCUAUUAGGAAAUAGUAUUUAUGUUCUUUGUAUUACGUUGUGGGUGGGUAUGUUUUUUGGUCUGUAGUGGUUGGAAAUUAUUUAAUUCUUUACAUUUUUAAACAACUUUGCUCACAUUUUGAUACAUGACUAAGUUUUAUACAAGACUGUUUCAUCACAGCAUGAUUGAAAAAUAAUAAGAUUUUAUUAUCCAUUUCAGUGUCAUUUAAUAUCAAAUGAAGAUAUUAUAUUUGAGCAGUAUGCACAGUUCUGGAUUUGCUGUCAUCAGACCACUAUACAAGAAAGUGCCUUUGAAACGAUGCAAAUACGAGACUUGCAGGGAAAAUAUUUUUAUUUCAGUCAUAGGCUCAGAUCACUGAGGCUUACAAUAAAUCAGUUCCAAAAAGCAUAACAAAACCUGUGCUAUUUGAAAGAAAACAAAUUGACAAAAAGUAUGAUUUCAAGCUUUGGUGAUAAUACAGCAAUAAUAAGAAAUGCACAAGCUUUUUUAAAAUGCUGGUCAUUUUUUAUCUGGGACAUUAAAUUAGGUAAAGGAUUUUCAGCAAAUCACAGGGCAAUGUCAGCGCAAUGUUAGUUAAUCUUGGCAAAUGCAUAGCUGAUGUAACCUGGUCUUUUUUUUAUAGAAUGUUAUGCAUUUUAACCCCGACAGAUGUCGCCAUAUUCACAUUUAUUAAUGGCAACAGCGAUGCCCGCUUAAAAGCAAGCUAAUAUUUUUAUACCAUAUGAUCCCAGUAUACAAAUGCUACUUCACAACAUAUUUAAUCGUAUCUAUUCUAUUUGACAAGACUUUAUCAAAGAUAGGUAGCAUUUGAAGUAGUCGUUCUCCAAAAUUUGGGCUGGACCCCUCUUAAAAAGGUGAAACUGCAGUUUUAUAUUCAGUAAUAAUUUACUGCGUAUUAUGACUCAUUCGUUUCAUGCUGAUAAUUGAUGUCUUGGAAUGUAACGGAGAAGCCAUACGUUGUGAGAAACAGUGCAGGCAUGUGGCAAGUGGCGACUGCCUUUAUGACGUCACUUUAACAGAUGUUUUUGGAUCUUGUCAAUGAACCGGUUCAGAACAGCGGCCUGAACGUUUCGAUAACAAAUCGAACCGAAUCGUUCCAAGUGUUCCUCGAGUCAACAACUCACCGGUUCAUAAACUGAAAUUUACAAAUAAAAUGUACUUGGAAUAUU